GACCACUCUCGUCGUAUUUUCCACAUCCCCCAUGUCCCUUAGAACAUGGUGGAAAUUAUGGCAGUUUUCCCAUUCUCUCUCUUUCUCAUCUCAUCUCAUCUCAAACACCAUAAAAUCUCUAGUUGAAACAACAGACACUUACUAGUUCUUGACUCCAAGCGAGAAAGCACAGCAACAUGCCAACAUAAUAAAGUAAAUAACCAAGACUCGCUCUGUCAUCAUUGCUCACGAAUCCAACCAAAACAAACCCACCCGUGGCUUCCAUUAUCCAAAGAUUCUCAUUCUCAUUCUCCUCCUUAUAAGAACUUAUCUACACAGCUUGCUAGAAUAGAGAUGGAAAUUGAAUCGGUCAAGUGUGAGUGCUGUGGCCUCAAAGAGGAUUGCACCCAAGAAUACAUCCGCGACGUGAAGGCUAAGUUUGACGGCAAAUGGUUAUGUGGUUUGUGCUCAGAAGCAGUGAGAGACGAAGUUAACAGAGCCAAAAGGCCUUUUCCCAUGGAGGAAGCUGUCAAGGCUCACAUGUCAUUCUGUGGGAAGAUCAAAUCGAAUCCCGCGGUUAGAGUCGCCGAUGGCAUGAGGCAGAUGCUAAGGAGAAGGUCAACUGACUUGUCUUCAUCGUCAAGCAAAUACAGUAGCAGGUCAAACACCACUUCUCAUGUCACUGAUUCCUCCACUUUCCCAUUGCACUGAUGAAAAACAGUGGAGGCUUGAAGCUGGGAACAGGGAAAACCAUAUAACUCUGUUUUCUUUUGGUUCAAAUAAAGUUUAUACUUUGCAUUUUGUGGCUAAGCUUCUCAUUUUGUCUUGUACAGAGCGUUCUGUUUCACAUCAACCGUCUUUUUCUUCUCUUUUUU